UAGUACAGGUGGUUCGCAAAUGGUUAUAUUGACAAUGUUCAAGAAAACGUUCUCGUUAUCUUUAUUUUUCAUACCAGACACAAUUUCACGUAGUCCAAAAAAGCACUGUUAUAAAAGCAAGCCUAAUCUACACUCGACAUCCAGUCUGAAAUCUACUCGGUUACGAAAAAUAAUAACACAACGAAAAUGUCGGAGCUCCCACUUAUUUUGUGUGUCCUCGGUUUCUUCGCGGCGGGGGCGAUCGCGAAACCCGAGAGCGCAGGUCCGCUCGAAAUAGUUACUGACCGGCCAGCGGUCGACAUACUGCCCGAUAUCGUUCGCAAAGUACAGGACGCCAUCAUGAAGCGCUCCUAUGAAAUAAUCCAGAUAGUUCUGAAACUGCCGUCGCUGGGCUCUGAGGGCGCACUCCCUAUAUCGAACGUCAAAGAAUUUAGAUUCGAAACCCUCGAAAAUUUUAUUUCCUGGUUUAAUCGAGGCGUCGAACAACGCCAUUUAUCAGCCUCGUCAAAACCGAAAGUCGAAGAAUGCCGAAAAAAUAUCACCGAGUUUGAAAAAAAACUCAGAACCGUCGCUCAGUCCACGUACCGGACUGCAAUCUUGAACAUAAUGAAACUGUCGCGAAAAAAAAAUAAAAAACUGGCAGAUUUGAACGUUUUGGCAGCUAAGGCAUUAGAGCCUUCCGGAGAAACAAAGGACAAAAUCGCAACAGCUGCGUGGAAAAUGCAAAAAGAAUUCUUGGACUACGCUGAUCGGAUUGCAAACUUUUACGAGAGUGUCGCCGAAGGAUCGGCUAUUGGAAACAAGUUUCGUAAGACUUACAAUGCUGAGUUAUGGAACAGUAUAAGUAAUAUGAUUUACCACUGCACUGAGUAUUCGCCACGCGACAGCAAUGCGUGUUUGUCUUGUGGACAUACUGAAGGGUGAACGACAACUAAUUUCGUCAAACAUAUCUUGCAACUUUCGUCAUCGAACACCCUCGAAAAUGUGAAAAAUUCUUAAAAUGCAUCAGUGUAUUGAGUAACAUUAUUUUAGUAAAAUAGAAAAAUAAGCAAUCAUCAAUAAAAAGAAUGAACUUUAUUCGGA